AUGAGGUUCUUUUCCUUUGUAAUUUUUUCAUCCCUAUUGCUCAAAUUGAGUCUUGGAGACGUUGGUACUGCUACUUCUUAUGGACCCCCAUACAUACCUACUGCUUGCGGUGGAAAUAUGGCAAGGCAGUUUCCGCCGGGAAAUCUUUUUGUGGCUGUGGAUGAAGGGUUGUGGGAUAACGGUGCAGCCUGUGGAAGGAAAUACAGAAUAAGGUGUGUUAGUGGAAACAAUAAACCAUGCAAAGGUGGUAGUAUUGAUGUUAAAGUGGUUGAUUUCUGUGCAAGUUCACCAUGUCCCAGCACCCUCCUCAUGUCAAGUGAUGCCUUUGCAGCCAUCUCGCGAUUCCCUCGUGCAAAAAUUAAUAUUGAAUUUACCCAGUAA